CCUCCCCGGUCCCUCCCCGUCCCCCCCGCCCCUCGGGGCUCCCUCCCCGUGCCCGUCCCGCGGAGCCUCGCCGUGACCGGUGCCAGAGCAGCGGGGGCGGCCAUGGGCAAGGAUUAUUACCGCACGCUGGGGCUGUCCCGGGGGGCCUCCGCCGCCGACAUCCGCCGCGCGUACCGGCGGCAGGCGCUGCGCUGCCACCCCGACAAGGACCGGUCCCCGGGAGCCGAGCAGCGCUUCAAGGAGGUGGCCGAGGCCUACGACGUGCUCAGCGACCCCAAAAAACGGGAGAUCUUCGACAAGUACGGGGAGGAGGGGCUGAAAGGGGGAGCCCCCACCCCCGGGCCGGGGGGCUCCAACGGCCCCACCUUCACCUACACGUUCCGCGGCGACCCGCACGCCAUGUUCGCCGAGUUCUUCGACGGGCGCAACCCCUUCGACACCUUCUUCGUGCAGCGCAACGGCGACGACGAGGACGGCGACGAGGCCUUCAACACCUUCCACGUGGGGGGCUUCGGCAGCGUCAGCUUCCCGCGGGGCCGGGGGGGCGAGGGCCGCAAGCAGGACCCCCCCGUGCUGUACGACCUGCGCGUGUCGCUGGAGGAGAUCUACAGCGGCUGCACCAAGAAGAUGAAGAUCUCCCACAAACGCCUCGGCCCUGACGGGAAGACGGUGAGGAACGAGGACAAGAUCCUGACCAUCGAGGUGAAGAGGGGCUGGAAGGAGGGCACCAAGAUCACCUUCCCCAAGGAGGGCGACCAGACGCCCAACAACAUCCCGGCCGACGUGGUGUUCGUGCUCAAGGACAAGCCGCAUGACGUGUUCCGCCGCGACGGCUCCGACAUCGUCUACCCGGCCAGGAUCAGCCUGCGCGAGGCUCUGUGUGGCUGCACGGUGACUGUCCCCACCCUGGAUGGCCGCUCCAUCCCCAUGGUGUUCCAGGACGUGCUCAAGCCGGGCGUCAAGCGCCGCGUCCCGGGCGAGGGGCUGCCCUUCCCCCGCUCGCCCGAGCAGCGCGGCGACCUCGUCAUCGAGUUCGAGGUCAAAUUCCCGGACCGGAUUGCGCCGGCCUCCAAACCCCUCCUGGAGCAGAUCCUGCCCCCCUAGGGCCCCCCAAAACCCCCCCGGGGGGUGCGGACUCUGGGGGAGACCCCCUGGAACAGCCCCGGCUCUGGGGGGUCUCGCUGGGCUGCUUCUCCUCGGGGGGCUUUGGGGUGUCCCUGUCCCCGAUCUCGGAGGGGUUUUGGGGUCACCCCACUGUCUCAGGGGGUUUUGGGGUGUCCUUGUCCCCAGGCCCCGAUCUCAGAGGGGUUUUGGGGUCACCUGGUGGGGGCAGAAGUUCUCCCCACUCUCCUGAAGGGUUUUGGGGUGCCCCUGUCCCCAGUCUCGGAGCUCGGAGGGGUUUUGGGGUCACCUCGCUGUCAUCGAGGGUUUUGGGGUCACCCGGGUGGGGGCUGGAGUUGUCCCCACCAUCCCUGGGGUUUUUGGGGUGUCCAUGUGCCCAGUCUCAGAGGGGUUUUGGGGUCACCCCACUGUCUCAGGGGGGUUUUGGGGUGUCCUUGUCCCCAGGCCCCGAUCUCAGAGGGGUUUUGGGGUCCCUGGUGGGGGCAGAACUUCUCCCCACUGUCCUGAAGGGUUUUGGGGUGUCCCUGUCCCUGAUCUCGGAGCUCGGAGGGGUUUUGGGGUCACCCGGGUGGGGACUGGAGUUGUCCCUGCCAUCCCUGGGGGUUUUGGGGUGUGCUUGUCCCCAGUCUCGGAGCUCGGAGGGGUUUUGGGGUCACCCCACUGUCCCGGGGGUUUUGGGGUGUCCUUGUCCCCGAUCUCAGAGGGGUUUUGGGGUCACCUGGUGGGGACUCACCUUGUCCCCCCUGUCCCGGAGGGUUUUGGGGUGUCCUUGUCCCCAAUCUCAGAGGGGUUUUGGGGUCACCUGGUGGGGGCAGAAGUUCUCCCCACUGUCCUGAAGGGUUUUGGGGUGUCCCUGUCUCCAGUCUCGGAGCUCGGAGGGGUUUUGGGGUCACCCCGCUGUCCCGGGGGUUUUGGGGUGUCCCUGUCCCCGAUCUCAGAGGGGUUUUGGGGUCAUCUCACUGUCCUAGGGGGUUUUGGGAUGUCCUUGUCCCCAAUCUCAGAGGGGUUUUGGGGUCACCUCAGGUCCCCGCUGCCCUGGGGGUUUUGGGGUGUCCUUGUCCCCAAUCUCAGGGGGGUUUUGGGGUGUUCUUGUCCCCAGUCUCAGAGCUCAGGGGGGGUUUUGGGGUCACCGCGCUGUCCCCGGGGGUUUUGGGGUGUCCUUGUCCCACCCAUCUCUAUUCUGGGGGUCCUUGACCCCCC